AUGCUUCAUUCAGCUUUUUGGAUCCAUGGAGGAGAAUUACUUUUGGGACGGGCAACCGACGAUUACGAGGCACCCGAAGGCUUCCAGGACGUAUUACUUAGCAAAUUCAGGUCAAUAUCAUCAGCUUUGUCCGGACAGGUGGACCGAAUCUCUAAGUUCGCUUCGUUGCUACCGCCCCCUCCGAGCCCGUCUUCAUCGGACCAAUUCUCCAUAUCUGCCUUUGGCCUCGACUUCCUAUAUCCACCGCAGGCUAUAGCACUUCUUCAGCGACUCUCGGUCAGGAGAAGUUUGAGGAUCUCUAACAACCGAAACGGCUACCUCCCACGGUCCUACAGCUCCUUCGUUGGCGACUCCUCAAAAGCGAAACGUGAGGCCAAAAUCAGAGCCGAGUUAGCUGCAAGGCAGGAUGAAGAGUGGGAAUAUGGUCAAUCCGGGAUGGCAGAAGGGUUUUUAGACAGACGGAAGAGGGACUCGAGGGAUAAGUUUAUGCCUUCUGAAAAGAAAGCUAGAUCGCUCCAAACAUUAAACCCAGCGGAUUUUGAUUUGUCGGAGGAAUCUUUCGACCGGGCAUGGGCGUGGUAUUCUAGAGAGGAGGGGGCCCCGGAGGAACCAGCGCUUGUAUUGGAACCAACGUCACAAAGAAGACGGCUUUUGCUUGGAUACCUCAUCAAUAGCAAACGGAAGGUUGAUUAUGAACGAGUUAUUGUGCUUAUUGAGGACCUGUCUCCUGAAAAACGUCGGGAUGUGGAUUGGAAGACUCUUAUACACGCGUACCUUUUCCUGCACCAAGUUGAUCCCGCAUACGUCGCUCUUUCGAAGCUGGUUGAACAAAGGAUCAGCAGCACCCAAGUCGGAUUUGAAGAGUUCAUUUCCUAUUGUCUCAACCAUGAUACCUGGGAUCGAGCUAUCCGUUGUUGGCAGCUUUUACAACAAGAACUGCCUGAGUCGAAGCGUGGCGGUCCAUCAAGCACUGAAAUUGAACUUCGAGCUGUUCCACGAUUUCAACAAGUUCGACCGCAACUUAUCGUCACUUCAGUUCCUGAUUUUAUGAACAAGUAUACUGCCUGGGUAGCGAACCUACUGAGGAACGAUAUUUUGGCUCGCGAUUUGGCAGUAUGGCUGUUCGUUGGGGUGAAGAAGAACUUCGCAUCAGGUGGGGCAGCUGCCUUCACUAAGGCUGAUAUCGACUGUGUCAAUAGGCUUUUGGGAUCAAAGGCGUGGUACACUCCGGAUGAAAAGGACUUGGAAUACACUAUUCUCGGUACGCCAUACUUGGAGAAACAUGAAGAGGUCAUCAAACAAUAUUCCAAGUAUCGGCUUUCCCCUAAAGCUAAUCCAUCAAACAUACUACUCUACCGGGUUCUGCUCGCAUCUAUAGCGGCUGGGGACUUUAAGGCAAUGCAAAUGGUGUUCGACGACUGGUUUAAGUAUCAUAAUCACCCAACCAUUAAAGCCUACCGACAAAUGAUGGACGUCUUUGCCAAACGGGGGGAGGUAAACAUUGUCGAGGAACUGUAUAAACAAUUCUCUAGUCGAUUCGCCCCCACUGCGGACGACUACGGCCAUGUACUCAGAGGAUACGUGGAACGAGGAGAAGUCGCCACUGCAGUUGAAAAACUCGAAGCAAUGCCUUUACUGAAUCUCAAGCCUAACCUUGAGUGCUAUAAUACUCUAUUGAGAGGUUUCUCCCAGGCAGAAGAUAUGGAAAGUGCUAUGGAUUAUCUCAAUGUGAUCCUUGAGCUCGGAUUCGAGCCAAACUCGGGCACGUAUGGUUCCAUGAUGUACGUCUGCGCGGCUCGAGGUGAUUUUGAGAAUGUGGAUCUUCUCUUUCGAGCGGCUUGCAGGAAGAUGACGCCGACUGUUACUAUGUGGAACAUGAUCAUCUGGUCACAUGUGAAUGGUGGUGCUCGCUCUUUAGCUUGGAAGUUGAUAAAUUUCAUUUACAGGCAGGAAAUGGGGAUCCCUAUGACACACAUGUAUAACAUGUUGAUGAGUGCUCAUGCCAACAAAAAGGAGCUCCGCAAUGUGGACAGGAUCUUUAAAGAAAUGCAAGAGAGGGGGGUUCCGUUCAAUUUUCACAGCUAUGCUAUCAUGAUGCGUGCACUUACCCAAACGCAGCAUCGAGAGAAUCUUCAAAAAGCUAGGCAAAUGUUGGACCUUUUACAAACACAGAACAUCCAAACCGGCCCCGUACCAUACGCCACACUCAUGCAAGGCUUCCUGCGUCGACGGAAAUACUCCGAGGUUUUUGCCAUUUACAAGACAAUGAUGGAAAAUGGGGUGGAACCAAAUUUCACCGCACAGUCCAUGCUUCUCCUCGCCUCUAUUUUUGAAGCACAAGAACUAGCGAAGUUUACGGGUAAUGUUGAUCUCAGCUCUGCUGAAGAAAUAUCCCGUCUGGCAAUUGAAAAGUUCUCAGGGUUCGAUCCCACGAGUUUCAGUCCCGUUAAGAGCGCCGUUCCGACUUAUAUCUUCACUCCACUCAUUUCGGCCUAUAUAUACAAAGAAGACUACGAAUCUGUCCGCAAAACGUAUCAACACUUCCUCGAGAUUUCCUCACUCAAAGGUACCAACAGCAUCAAGCCCACCAUGAAUAUGUAUCUAAAGCUGCUGCAUGCAUCCCAGAGAGAAAGGAAUUGGACCGGUUUGCGCGAAAUUUGGCGACUGAUGUACACAGAAGCCCAACGGCGCGGACGACCACUGACUCAGAUCAGCACUGGAUCCAAUGUUGUAACAGUCAAGAAGAGAGAAAUGUGUCCUGCUUUUGAUAUCAUGCUGAAGGCAGCGAUUGAUUCGAUAGAAGUAAUCGGCCCUGAGGCCGAUGCCAUCACCGUUGGAGAGAUUGGGAAAAUGAUGCAAGAUAUCAUUUCCUGGGGCUUUGAGCUGGACGGCGGUAACUGGAAUUCUCUGAUUGUUUUGGCAGCAAGAUCGGGAGAUCUUGAGCAGGCGUUUCGACUAGGUGAAAGCCGGCUAGUUAAAGAUACGGGGAUACAUUACAGAAUCAGAGCCCAGCAGAGAUUCGGAUUUAUCGGCUGGGCGAAGCAUGCACAACAUCCACAUCUUCAUACGAUCGAGAUCCUAGGAGGCCAACUGAAUAAGCUUUUCAGUUUAACACGAGGUGGCACCGAAGAGGCCGAAAAGGCAAGAACCUUGGCUAAGAAGAUCGCAACAACCUGUCCGGUCAUGUGGAGGCUAUGCAACACCCGAAGCAAGAGAGGCCAAAAAGCACAAACUGAUGAGAUUCACGCAAAGAUCCUUGACUUCGCCGAGAUUUCAAGACGGCCGCAGGUCGAUAAACUCAAGAUUACACGUGACUAUGCCUUAGCGCCGUUUAAGGUACAAAAGGAGCGAUAUCUUAGGGGUUCGAGGAGGUCGACAGUCGAGAUUCCAUUCGGAGAUAUGGAGUUUGACUAUGAUGAAUAA